AUGUUGAAUUUAUACUCUAAAAAACAAAGUGCUUGCUGUUUUCGAAGUAUGUAGGGUAUCUCCGGCCCUUUUCACACUUUAAAGGAGUCGUUAUUUGCUUAUGUGGGGGUCACUCACCUUUUGGAGUUACUUUAGGUGGGGGUGUAUGCACAUAUCCCUGAUAAUGGUGGGAGGUGCAUUCUUACAAUCUGAAGGCCAUAUAAACUUACUGUGCUCCACUGUUUCAGUGACUCUCUGCUUGUGAGCUCUAUCAGUUGUGUUAUUGUGAGCUUUAAAGAUGGCUGUGAUUCAUGCUGAAGUGAGUGUCUGGAGUAAACCAUGGGAUCGGAGGUUUCAUGUGUAUGGAGGACAAGUGUGUAAUACACUGAUGGCAGGUUCCUGGGAUGAUAGAACACCUCUACAUGAUGCUGCAUUGCAAGGCAGAUUGCUACCCCUGAGAAGACUCCUUUCACAGGGGUAUUGUGUGGACAUGGCUACAUUAGAUGGAAUCACUCCACUCCAUGAAGCAUGUUUUGGAGGCCAUUUUACCUGUGCUAAACUUCUUCUGGAGCAUGGAGCUGAUGCGAAGGCAGUUUCUAUUGAUGGAACCACUCCUCUCUUUAGUGCAUGCUGUAGUGGAAACCCCACCCUCGUCAGCCUUAUUUUAAUGUACAGCUCCGCCCACCAUCCGGCUCAUCUGCUAAGGUCACCUCUUCACGAAGCAGCACAGAGAGGUCACACAGCAUGUGUUGAACUGCUGCUAUCUCAUGGUGUGAAUGUUGACAUGGAGGUGCCAAACAUAGGAACACCGCUGUACUGUGCAUGUGAAUCCAAGAACACAGAGUGUGUACAGAGUUUGCUGAUUUCAGGUGCUGAUGUGCAGUGUGGUCGGGGUCUUGACACACCUUUACAUGCUGCAACCAGGGUCAGUGGGGCAAAGGAGGUGGAGCUUCUGUUAGAACAUGGUGCUGAUAGGACAUCAAGAAACUCUGAGGGAAAGAAACCAGUGGACUUGACUACAGAUCAGAACAUUAAACAUCUCCUGCAAACUGCAGGUCCAUGCUCCCUGUCUCAACUGUGCAGAUGGUGUAUUCGCCGUUCCCUGGGUCAGAAAAGAUUAAAUAAAACCAAUAUGCUCUGCUUACCACAUACCCUACACAAUUACCUUCUCUACCAUUAAAACACACACAUAUGCAUCGUCUGUGUUUAGUGUGACCUCUCUUGGCACUAAACACAUCUUGAGCGUUUUUGACAGAAUGAAGUAAAAAGAUUAAUUUUAUUCAGGUUUAAGAGAUCCUGCAGUUUCCUGCUAUUGCUCAAGUGGAAGAGGAGUUUACCCUAAAAACUUGACACAUCAGUUUACAUUUUUAUGCUGUUUUAAUACUAUAUACACAUUUCCUGUAUUGUCUGGAUGUAUUCUAUUAAAGAGACUGAGAAAUAAUUAUACACGAUCAUCUAUAACAUUGCAAAAACAACAAAUAUAAUUCUGGCAUGGUGGCCUAAGACUUUUGCACAGCACUGUACAUACAACCCUGUUUAUUGUCGUAGCACAAUAAUCUUGUGUGCUUUUUGAAAUACACAUUUCUUAUUUGUACAUAACCUUUGUGAAAGUGAAGACUAAAGCUUUGUGGGGUUUUUUAUAAUAAAUAUUUUUCUACAUUCAAACACGUUUGUUGUUUAUUUUUUGCACACACACGCGCAGGCACACGCAUUCUGGUUUUCAUGUUUUGUGCUUACAUUUUAUAGACAUAAUGCAUUUUAUACCGUACAAACUGUAUAUUCCCUCCCUUCCCCUAACCCCAACCAUCACAUAAAACUUUCUUGUACCUUAGAUUUUCAAUAAACAUCAUUCUGUUUGA